GAGGAGGGAAGUUGUCGAAGUUAGGGGAGACGCCCGCCCGCCUGCCCGGGCCUCGCCUCUGACCGCUCCCUCCGCCUCCUCCCCGCCCCGAGCCCCAGUCUGCCCGUCCUUCCUUCCCCUCCUGUGCAUGAUGGAAACACCAUGGCUGCGGCGGCCCAGUUCUCCUUGACACAGUUAUCAAGUGGGAAUCCUGUGUAUGAAAAGUACUACAGACAGGUUGAUACAGGCAAUACUGGAAGGGUAUUGGCUUCUGAUGCUGCUGUUUUCCUGAAAAGAUCAGGGCUUCCAGAUUUGAUACUUGGAAAGAUUUGGGAUUUAGCUGACACAAAUGGCAAAGGAAUUCUGAACAAACAAGAAUUCUUUGUUGCUUUGCGUCUUGUGGCAUGUGCCCAGAAUGGAUUGGAGGUUUCACUGAGUAGCUUGAACCUGGCUGUUCCUCCACCAAGAUUUCAUGAUACCAGUAGUCCUUUGCUAGUCAGUGGAACCUCUGUAGCUGAGCUCCCAUGGGCUGUAAAAUCUGAAGAUAAGGCCAAAUAUGAUGCAAUUUUUGAUAGUUUAAGCCCAGUGAAUGGAUUUCUUUCUGGUGAUAAGGUGAAACCAGUGUUGCUCAACUCUAAGUUACCUGUGGAUAUCCUUGGAAGAGUUUGGGAGUUGAGUGACAUUGACCAUGAUGGAAUGCUUGACAGAGAUGAGUUUGCAGUUGCCAUGUUUUUGGUAUACUGCGCAUUGGAGAAAGAACCAGUGCCAAUGUCCUUGCCUCCUGCCUUGGUGCCACCUUCUAAGAGAAAAACGGUCAGUAUAUCAGGCUCUGUGCGGUUGAUCCCCUCUUCAGCAUCAGCCAAGGAACCUUACCACUCCUUACCACCUGUAGGCAUUUUACCUACCAAAGCACCAUUAAGACAGUGGGUUGUAGCCCCUGCAGAAAAGGCUAAAUAUGAUGAGAUCUUCUUGAAAACUGAUAAAGAUAUGGAUGGAUUUGUGUCUGGAUUGGAAGUCCGUGAAAUUUUCCUGAAGACAGGUUUACCUUCUCCUUUACUAGCCCAUAUUUGGACAUUAUGUGACACAAAGGACUGUGGGAAGCUUUCAAAGGAUCAGUUUGCCUUGGCUUUUCACUUAAUCAAUCAAAAGUUAAUAAAGGGCAUUGAUCCUCCUCACAUUCUUACUCCUGAGAUGGUUCCACCAUCAGACAGGGCCAGUUUACAGAAGAACAUCAUAGGAUCAAGUCCUGUUGCAGAUUUCUCUGCUAUUAAGGAGCUAGAUACCCUUAACAAUGAAAUAGUUGACCUACAGAGGGAAAAGAAUAAUGUGGAACAGGACCUUAAGGAGAAAGAAGAUACUAUUAAACAGAGGACAAGCGAGGUUCAGGAUCUUCAAGAUGAAGUUCAAAGGGAGAAUACUAAUCUGCAAAAAUUACAGGCCCAGAAACAGCAAGUACAGGAACUCCUUGAUGGACUAGAUGAGCAGAAAUCCCAGCUGGAGGAGCAACUGAAGGAAGUUAGAAAGAAAUGCGCUGAGGAGGCCCAGCUGAUCUCAUCCCUGAAAGCUGAAUUGACUAGUCAAGAAUCACAGAUCUCCACUUACGAGGAAGAGCUGGCCAAAGCUAGGGAGGAGCUGAGUCGCUUACAGCAAGAAACGGCAGAAUUGGAGGAGAGUGUGGAGUCAGGGAAGGCUCAGCUCGGACCUCUUCAGCAGCACCUCCAAGAUUCACAACAGGAAAUCAGUUCAAUGCAAAUGAAACUGAUGGAGAUGAAAGAGCUGGAAAACCAUAAUAAUCAGUUAAAUUGGUGCAGUAGCCCACACAGCAUUCUUGUAAAUGGUGCUACAGAUUAUUGCAGCCUCAGCACCAGCAGCAGUGAAACAGCUAACCUUAAUGAGCAUGCUGAAGGCCAAGGCAACCUGGAGUCUGAGCCCAUACACCAGGAAUCUCCAGCAAGAAGUAGUCCUGAAAUACUGCCUUCUGGUGUGACUGAUGACAACGAAGCGGUGACUACAGCUGUUAGUGAGAAAGUUUGUUCUGAAUUUAAUAGUGACAGACAUUCAAAAGAGGGAGAUCCAUUUAAUGUAGAAUCAAGUUCACUGCCUGAUCCAGUUGCAGAUACAAACUUGGAUUUUUUCCAGUCUGAUCCUUUUAUUGGCAGUGAUCCUUUUAAGGAUGAUCCUUUUGGGAAAAUUGAUCCAUUUGGAGGUGAUCCUUUCAAAGGUUCAGAUCCAUUUGCAUCUGACUGUUUCUUCAAGCAGUCCUCUACUGAUCCUUUUGCCACUUCAAGUACCGACCCUUUCAGCACAGCCAACAAUGGCAGUAAUACUUCGGUAGAAACAUUGAAGCACAAUGAUCCUUUUGCUCCUGGUGGAACAGUUGUUGUUGCAGCAAGUGAUUCAGCCACAGAUCCCUUUGCUUCUGUUUUUGGAAAUGAAUCAUUUGAAGAUGGAUUUGCUGACUUCAGCACAUUAUCAAAGGUCAACAAUGAAGAUCCUUUUGGUUCAGCCACAUCAAGCUCUGUCAAUAAUGUGGUCAUUAAAAAAAAUGUGCUUGAGGAAACAUCAGUCAAAAGUGAAGAUGUACCCCCAGCACUGCCACCAAAGACUGGAACUCCAACAAGACCCUGCCCGCCACCACCUGGGAAAAGACCCAUCAACAAAUUGGAUUCUUCUGAUCCUUUUAAACUGAAUGAUCCAUUUCAGCCUUUCCCAGACAAUGAUAGCCCUAAAGAAAAAGAUCCUGAUAUGUUUUGUGAUUCAUUCACUUCUACUACUACCACUGCUACCACUACCAAUAAAGAGGCUGACCCAAGCAAUUUUGCUAACUUCAGUGCUUAUCCCUCUGAAGAAGAUAUGAUCGAAUGGGCCAAGAGGGAAAGUGAGAGAGAGGAAGAGCAGAGGCUUGCCCGAUUGAAUCAGCAAGAGCAGGAAGACUUAGAACUGGCUAUUGCACUCAGCAAAUCUGAGAUAUCAGAAGCAUGAAGAAUUCUCCUGUCCUUUGUCAACCAUACAGUAUUCUUCUUCCUGAAUACUGAAGCUCUUUACAGUGUGUAUGAAAACUACCUAUGAGCAUGGGAAUACAAAAGGUUUGCGAUUCCUGUAAAUGUGACAAAAGUUUGUUUUGGUUUUUUGUUUUUGUUUCUUACUCCAUUUCAGAUUUGUCUUUUUUUUUUUUUCUUUCCACCUAUAAAAGCAGUAACCCAGUCAGAAAACUUCACCUACACCCCUAUUCUGGUGUGCAUUUACUGUGAGCUUUUGCCUGCCUGUGCUUUUACUUGUAAAGCUAGAGUACCCAAGCUUCUGCCUUCUGGAAUAUACAGAAAUAGUUUCAUCCCUGUGCUACCCUUGUUCUGUAGUUACUCUGAUGAUAGCCAGUGGGGUUCUUAAAGUUUGCAGUACUCUUCUCUGAUUUGAAUGGUUGAGGGAGGGGAAGGGAAAGAACAUCCUAUUUCUUUUAUGAUAGUGAAAAUUGGCUAGUUUAAAGUAUAUGUUUGUAUUUCCUUAUAAUUAAUACCGUUCACUUUGUUUUUUAUAGACAAGGAAAAAUAUUUUGCAUAAAUUGACUCCACUAUUGAAAAAGGAAUGCUUUAGAUUGAACCAUUACAGCUUCAGAUUCAAUCUUGUCCUAAAUAAAAAUGUUAAAGCCUCAUGUGUGAAAUAUACUUUUAAAAAAAUUUCUCUGGACUUAAAGAAUUUUAGAUGAACAGAUUACCUCUCCAUAAUUUUAAGUACUAGAUAGUGGAGAAAACCCUAUCACUUAAAGUAUCCUCAUCAGUAUAAGGUAAGCAAAAAUCUUAACAUGGCAGCCAUUCUGCCAUUGGUAUGGCACUGUCCUCCUUAGUUCAUGGUAGGUUUAUUUUUGUACUUUGCAGAAGAAACUUUAGCAAGCUAGAACUGGAAGGUACUUUAAAUUUUUGUAUACAUAUAUUUUUGUUUCCUUUAAUGAAGGCUCACUUACUUGAACUGUAAAAACUUCCACUGAAUACAAAUGAGAAGUGACAUGUAUUAAAUCAUAUUAUUGUUUUUUGUCCAUCUUUGUGGUUUAAAAUAGUUAAUUCUCUUCCUGGGUUGGUUUGUUUGUUUGUUUGUUUGUUUGUUUGUUUUUUAACCUAUAAAGUUGGCAGGCUAGCAAAAAAAAUCUUUUUUUUUUUAAUUGGGAGAGAAGAGACCUACCAAAUUGUCAAAGCUCUUCAUGUGUUAAAAGCCUGUCUCCUGUAAAACUGAGCUAGCAGACAAGCUGAAUUUGAAAUAGACUGUGGUGUAGGCUGUAAAUUGUAGAAUAACCUUAGUUUUCUUUUAACAUCAGUAAUUGACUUAGAUAAUGUAUUGAAUACCAAGAUGAAAAAUGCACCUACAAACUAAAAAUCUCUGUGGUCACCAAGUCAAGGUGGUAUUGAUCUGUGUUAAUCAGAGUAACUUAUUGCCUAGCCUAUGAAUAAAUUCCAAAAUAUCCAAUUCAUUUUAUCUUGAAAUGGUGCUUUUUUUUCCUCUCCACACACAAUUUAAAACAAACUUAAACCACAUUCUUGCACUGCUUUUUUAUACUUUUAUAAAUUGAAACAUUUCAGCAUAGAAGUUAUACAUAUGAAGCAAGGGCUGACUCAUAAUCGUAAGUCUUUAAUUUAGAUAAACUAAUCCAGUGACCUAAGGAUAUACUACAAAAGUUGAUUGAAAGGGUAGUGUUGGGAGUUGUUAGGUAGUGGUUUUGGGGGGUUUUUUCCUUCCCCUUAAACUUCAGGAAAAAGGUAAGUUGACUUGAAUAACCUUCUUUUGCACUGGGAAAAUGAACAGAUGUUUGAAAUGCUUUUAAAAUAUUUUUUUUAAUUAAAAAGCCACUCUGGAAAAUAUUAAAUAUCUGUAACUUAUAAAUACCAACUUUCGAUGUAAUAAAUGUACCCUAACCUUAUGUUUGUUUAACUGGAUUACAUAGAUUCUUAUCUUUUGUUAAAAUAUGUAUACUCAGUGGGCCAAUAUAAUAUUAAAGUAUGUAUAUAUAUUAUAUACAUAUGUGUGUGUGUGUGUGUGUGUGUGUGUGUGUGUAUAUAUAUAUAUAUAUAUAUAUAUAUAUAUAUAUAUAUAUAUAAUCUUGCUCCAUGCUCACUCGUAGGAAAUGAAUGUCUUAGAGUCAUUUGUGAUUACAUUUUAUGUCGUUGACUCUGGCUGCAGAGCCUGUGCUUUAAAAGGACAGAUAAGUAUUCCUGAGAGCUAAGUGGCACUACUUACAAAGUUUUAACCAUCUUCCACAUACUUGUUCAAAUUUAUUUGGGCUCUCUAUAGACUUUUCUCUUAUGUUUCAAACUUCCAAACUGUAGCCUGUAAUUAUGAGAACAAUAAACUUUAAGUAAUAAUAAAGCAUACUAUCCAUA